AUGCGACAAAGUCUUCGUUACUCAGCUAAUGGGGUUCUGGGAACCGAGCACCGUAACUUUCAAAUUCUUAGAUUUGAGAUCACUCAUACACUAGAGAAGUUCAGUAGUCUUACCGAACUACCGAUUAGAGGGAGGUUGCUGAUGAUCCCAUCAGCCAUCAGUACAGUGAUCAUCGCCGAAGUUCUUCGUUCAAUGACAGCUUGCAUUAGAGGGCACGAUUUCUUUGGGGGUUGCAGUAUGCUGUUACAGAUUUGGGCGAGGGAACAUUUCUAUCGCCGUGAUCCACAAAUAGAUUACUACAUAGGUGCAUGUAAAAAGAUCGUCUCCGAAAUUGGGUGGGCGCGCCGACAGGAAGGGAAGAAUGGCGUGGUUGAAGAAGAAGAAGAAGAAGAGGAAGAAGUCCCGGAAGAGGAUCCAGAAGAAGACCCGGAAGAGGACCUUGAAGAAAACCCAGAAGAGGAUCGCCGAAGAAGACCCAUAGGAGGAUCCUAA